AUGAGUGGCAAGUACAUCGCCUCUGUCAGUGAAGACGGUGCACGGAUAUGGUCAAUCGUCUCAGGUGCAAAAUGCAUAUAUGAAUUGCCUUCCAAUGGCAACAAAUUUGAAUCAUGCACAUUUCAUCCUGUGUAUUCUCAACUCUUGGUUGUUGGUUCUUACCAGACACUUGAACUAUGGAAUCCAAUUGAAAGCAAUAAAACUUUGAGCUAUCAAGCACACAAGGGUAUAAUUCCUGCAUUGGCAGCAUCUCCUCAGACUCAAUUGAUUGCCUCAGCAAAUCAUGAUCACUUGGUGAAGUUAUGGAAAUGA